ACUUAAGCUGCGGUUAUCAUGAAUGGUGCGCAGUACGUUCUCGAACACCCAAGCCUAUAUAAGAGGUGCGGUGGACCCGAGCGGCGUAGAUUGUGAACGCGCGCGAACCAGAAUGCUCAAAAAAUUCCUACUCCUCGCCGUGCUGGUGAAUGUGGCGCUGUGCCAGAGCAGAAGGCACAAGGUGGAGGAUCCUUUCUCAGCGUUUGACCGGCACAUAACCCAUAGUCUUGCUUAUCACUACCUCUGGCCAUGGAGGCAACUCAUCCGGGCGGCGGCGGCUAUCGAAACAGAAGAAAACUUCGGAGAGCCACAAAUAUUGUCAACUGCUAAGAAAUACACCGUCAAUCUGAACAUGAAGAGGUUCCAGCCUGACGAGCUCAAGGUCAAAGUGAAAAACCGAAGAGUCAUCAUCGAAGGUAAACAUAAGGAAGACGAAAAGCAGAUACUCUCAAACCAUUUCAUCCAAAUGUUUGAAUUGCCUGAAGCCUGCAAGCCUGAGGAAGUGACUGCGGUAUAUAACGAGAAUGGACUUCUGACCAUCACUGCUCCAAAGCAUUACAUUCCUCCACCAGUUGACAGGGAAGUGCCCAUACAAGUUCUGUUGCCAGAAGACAAAACAGAGAAAAAUGACGCAGCUGAAGCCUCAACCGAAAAAAAUGUGAGCCAAACAACACCCACCCCAGUGGAACAGUUAGAUCUCGUUGAAGCAACAACACACGCUGGCAAAAUAAGGAAGAAGGAAUUGAAGACCACAACAAAAACAGCAAAGGACAACGAAGUGACUAAAGGUGUCGACAGCAACGGACUGGACUACGCACUGGUGGAAUCAGAAAAUGAGUGAUAUUUCCAGACUGUAAAGGGAGUUAAGACUGAGUAUGUAAGCUUUAAGACCGCCAUUACGAGUCUUUAGUUUAACCAGUGAAUCGAUUAGGUUACUUAUCAAUUUAAAAUCGAUUGUGUUUAUCGAUAAAGUGAGUUUAUUGUAUUAUUUUGUUUUUAAUAAAUCGUUAUUUAUUGAAGA